GGACACAUUUUCCAUUCAGCUUUGGGUGUGUUUCAGUGUUAAUGAAUAGAUAUACUUUAUAUUUUUAGCCAAAAGGGAUUGAACGCCUGAGUUCUAAGAUGCGGGUCUCCUUUACUGUGCUGUGCCUGAGUGUGGUGAUAAAGAUCGCCACUGCAAGUACAUGGUGCUACACAGGCUGCGAUCACACACCCAGCCACUGGCAAGACCUCGAUGGUUCCUUCUGCGGGGGUCAAAGGCAGUCGCCCGUCAAUAUACAGAGCAGCCACGUUGAGAAGGACGAAAAGCUCCACAGCUUCUCUUUUGUCAACUUUUCAUCUCAGCAUACCUUCAAAGCCAUCGUAAAUAAUGGACAUACAGCCAAAUUGUUACUGAAGGACAACGAGGUGGAACUGAGUGGGGGUGGACUCAAUGGCACCUAUUCCACAAUCCAGUUCCAUUUCCACUGGGGCGACAGAGAUCACCAUCCCGGGUCUGAGCACACCAUCGAUGGGCACAGAUACCCAAUGGAGAUGCAUAUUGUGAGUCUGAAGAAAGGUCUGUCAGUGGCGCAGGCCGUCGAAGAUUCAGCCGGCAUCGCCGUUCUGGGCUUCUUCAUUAAUGCGACUGAAGAUGAAAAUGUGUCAAGUCCUUGGAGGGCCUUGACCUCUUACCUUCUGAACAAGACGGACACUGAAGUUAACGUGACGCACCUCAUCUCCAUCGACGACCUCAUUGGGGGCGUGAACCUCGCCAAAUACUACCGCUACAUGGGCUCGCUGACCACCCCCUCCUGCAAUGAAGCGGUCGCCUGGACGGUAUUUCAGGAGCCCAUCGGAGUCAAUAAAAUUCUGCUCCAACAGUUUCCCUUGAAGACAGGCCUUACCAAUGUGUAUCGCCCGGUACAAGACCUCCAUGGACGCCAAGUGUUUUCUUCUCCUGCUGUUAUUCUACCUCCCAGUCAUGUAUGGUGCUAUGCCGAUGACUGCGAGUUCGGUCCUCCCAAGUGGCACCUUCUGCCCGACUCGCACUGCGGUGGCGAGCGCCAGUCGCCAGUCAACAUCGAGGCGCAGAACGCCGUCAAGGACGAGCACCUUGACGGCUUCACUUUUACUAAGUUUGACGACAAACAUGUCAUGAAGUACAUCACAAAUACAGGCCAUACAGUAAAGUUUGUACUGAAGGAGGGUGCAAUGGAGUUGUCUGGGGGCGGCCUGGGUCACGUCUACUCCACUCUCCAGUUCCACUUCCACUGGGGUUCCUUAUCUCCGGGCUCCGAAGGCUCUGAGCACUCGGUCGAUUCCAAAAGAUUCCCAAUGGAGGUGCAUAUUGUGAACAAGAGGAAGGAUUUAACUCUGGAGGAGGCAGUAAACACCACAACUGGCCUGGCAGUGUUGGGAUUCUUUAUUGAGGCUGCAGCAACGGGCAGAAGCAGUGGGGCUGCUGACCAACAUGAAGAUUCGCAAGUCUCCUCUGAUAACUCCUCGGAUGUUUCAAUGACUGGCACCUGGAAAGCACUGAGCAGCUACCUGGCAGCGAUACAAAGCAUCGGGUCACAGGUGGAGGUCUCAGAAGAGCUCUCGCUUGCUGAGCUGCUCGGCGAUGUGGACCUGACCUCUUACUACCGCUACAACGGCUCAUUAACCACACCGUCGUGCAACGAAGCAGUGGUCUGGACCGUCUUUAAAGAGUCAAUUAAGGUGGACCAGAGUCUGCUGACGAUGUUCCCGAACCGGACCGGCUUUCGCGACGUCUUCCGGCCCGCGCAGGCUCUUCGCGGCAGGAAAAUCUACACCACAGCUGGAGGCAGCGCCCUUGCACCAGCUGAACUCUUUCUACUGCUAGUUUUUUUUCUGUCUCUCUCUCCUGUGACUGACAACUGAAGUGUAUUUCUUUAUCUAUCUUGCACUUUUUUUUUUCAUAUUAUAGAGUAUUGCUAUGUGUUCUGGCUGUCCAUUCUUAUUUGUGUUGGCAUGCCAUAAAUCUAGUUGUGUCAGGAUGUAGUUUAAAUUAUUGUGACUAUUUUUACACUUUAUGAGUCCGUCAUAUCCAGAAUGCCAACCUGUAACUAUGACUGAAGCUUAUCAAUCAUCUGUGUGUGUGUGUGGGUGAGUGGGUGGACAAGAUUUCAUGAAAUAAAAUGCAGUGACUGAAACGUACAA